AUAAAACUAGUGGUCCAUAAUUGAAAUAGACGGCCACGUCUGGCAUCGGUGACAACAGGGUUCCCUAGGCGACUCCUAGGCGACUCCCUAGGCGUUCGCUGGGAUGCCGCCGGCAACCCGCCUGCCGCUAGAUCGGCGGGUGGGAGGCCGGUUCUGGGCGUUGGCCGAAGAGGGAGAUGAGGGGGAAGGCAGUGAGGAUGAGGAAGAGUCGCCUACGACUCCGUUCAUGGCGGUGCUGGCAAGUUCACCGGAGUUGGAUGGAUCGCAGUCGACGUUGAUUUGCGAGCUGUUGAACUAGGGUUACGACGAAGAUGAUUUAAAGCUGGUGGUCGAGACUCUGGUACCGGCAUCUGAUCCGGUGAGAGACGGCCUUGCAACAACUGAUCACAAGGAGGUGAUCCGGCGGAUGGUGCUUCGCCGUACUUCGUCUCGGCCAUGGCGGGGGCCGAUACCCAAGGUAAGGCUGCCAGCGCUGACUUUUGGUGAUUUUCUAAUCCCAGGGGCUUGGUUGCAGGUUCAACGGCGACGGAAGGGACGGCGGUCGGCGGUGCCGCCGGAGGCGGAGGCGAGCCAGAUCUCGAUCCGGGAGGCAAGACUGGAGUGUUUGAAUUUGCUUCUGGGCCACAGGGAUUCGGGUGUGGUCCAGGUGGGCUCAGGGCAUGCGGCCCAGCCUCUUUUUCCUAAGCAUGCGGCUCAGCUGGUGGUGGAUGGGCCGUGCGAGCUGCAGAUCGCGGCCCAACCCGACAUGGGCAUGUCUAGGGUUCGGCCGACGAGGGCAAAGCCUGGUUUUCGAUCUUGCGGAUCAGACGGGCAUUGCGGGUUCGAGCAAACACGGCGCCCUUCGAUAGAGGUUCCUUUGCUGCUGUUCUCAUGGCGGGGAGGGGAUUGGAUCAGGCUGCGGCUGCUGGUUCAUCGGGAUCGGGACUGGGCCGGGCUGCUGCCGCCGUUGCUAAUGGCGGGCGCGGUUGAGCGAUUGGGUCGGGCCACGGCGGUGACCGUGGCGGAGCGGAUGCUCGUGGAGGAUUUGCGGGGAGAGAUGGUGGAGCUGGCUACGGCCGCGCCGCCGGAGGUGGCGGAGGUGCGCAUUAUGGACGCGGUGGCUACGACAACUUUGUGGCCGGCGAUGGUCGCAGAGGGGCGAGCGGAGGUGGCCAUCGGGCUCCAGUGCGCCAGUUUGAUGGGGAGGGUCGUGGAGUAUCGUCCGGCGCCGGUCGUGGUGACGCCGGCGGACAUGCUUUCUGUGCCCCGACCGGAGGUUUCGUCCAAGGGCCGGCGGGUUCUCAGCAAUAUGUGCCUCGCCGGGGAGGCUUCUUCAGGGGCGGACGUGGCGGCACGGGCAGAUUUGGCCGGAAUGGUCCCCGUGUCCCGCGCCGUGAUCCACCACCUCGCCGUGACCCGACGCCGACUACUGAUUUGGCUACAACGUCGGCGGAGGACAACGCGGCUGCUUCGACUUUGGUAGCUGACGCACCGGCAGAUAAGCGGCUUCCCGCGGAGGCGGCUGCGGUGGUUCGGGAUCUUGCGAACGCGGUUGUUCCGGCUGCGCCGACACCGGUGGAAAAUGCUUCUGACAAAGGUGAUACUGAUAAGUUGAGCAAAGGUCAGCGCAAGAGGGAGAAGACCUAUUGUUAUCGUUGUGGAGAACCAGGGCACUAUGCGGUUGGUUGUACGACGGAGCUUUGUAAUAUUUACUUGAGACCGAAACAUGAGGAAGCGUGCCCCCUUUUGUCAGCUCCUAAGCCGGUGGUGGACUUUUAUGGUGUAUGUGAUGAAAAACUUAUGUUCUUUGAGACACCAACAAUGAGAUCUUGUAGACCAUGGCUGGAGAAUGCUAAAACUGGCAUCAUUCGAGUGACUAAGGGCACUCUUUCAGAGGACCAAGUUAUUCUGGAACUUAAGAGAUUGGUCUCUAGCUCUGUUCAGUGGGCUCUCCUUCGGAUUGAUGAGACGACGUUUAAGGUUGACUAUCCUACGAAAUUUGAUCUAGACAAGAUUAAUGAGUUUGGCAUGUGUAAAGUUCCUGGCAGUGCUUGUAUUCUUGAGUUUGAUGAGUGGAAGCGCAAUGAUCCGGUGGGAGUUCCGCUUGUUCAGAUUUGGGUCAGAUUUUUUGGGCUACCCCCGGAACCGCUUAAUGACUUCUUGGAGACUUGGAGCCUAGGAUCUCUUAUUGGAAAGACUCUGGAGGUCGAUAUGACUUUUACUCGCAUGCAUGGCAUUUCACGUAUGCGUGUGGGAGUUCUGGAUGUGGAUGCGGUACCGUGCUUCUUAGGUUGGGUUUAUGAGGGUAUGAGUUAUGAUCUGAGGAUUGAGAUUGAGGGAGUUUCGAUGAUCCAAGAUGCAGACAAAGGCAUGGGUACUGAUGGUGGGACUGAUGGUGGGGACGGUAGGCAAGAUGAUCUCAUGGACCAUGAUCAGCCUGCUAACCAAUCUGGUGCUCCCGGAGGGCAGGGUAAGGAGUCCGAGGCCCCAGUGGGCAAGACCUCCACUUCGGCGCCCAUGGUAGGGCUUCGACGUGAUGCGCUUGAUGCGAUGGUGACACCAUCUCGGCUUCACAGAGCUGAUCUGGAGGAUGAUGACCCCAUCCCUACGGCUCCGGGGAGCACGAACCCCGCCCCCGCAUCGAUGCCCAUGGCAGGACUUCGCUUUGGGUCCUUUGGUGCUGUCUUGGCACCUGGGCGCCUGUGGGGGGAUCGGAUGGAGAGAGAUGAACACGUUGAGCAUGACUUACCUCCGUUAUCUCUAGUCCGGUUUUCUUUUUCUGAGGGUGGUGAUGCUUUGGCGGUGCCGGUGUCACCUAAGGGAAGCGACUCGAGGCAGACGGCCUUAGUUCUUCCCUCUUCGGUGGAGUUCCUGGAGUCAUCCAUCAUUGCGGCGGCUUAUCCGGGUGUCACAUAUCGGCGUGCUAUUCCUUCACCUCAACGACCGCAGGAGGCGGAUGUUGUGGUGGAGGGGUCUGGGCUCUCUUCCACUCCGACUCCGCAGGGGGACACGGCUUCUACACAGUUGUCGCAGGAGGCGACGACGGUGGAGGCGCCUCUUGUGGGAACGGUUCAGGAACCGGUGCCGGAGGUGGGCGUUCCGGCGUCACCUCCCACGGCUCACACUGGACGGGGGAUGGACAUUUCUAUCCCAGAGGUGGUGGCCUUUGGGGGUAUCCCAGAUCCGGCGUCGGGAGGGAGGCGUCCCAGCCGGCGUAUUCAGGAGCAGCCGGAUGCGGAUGAGUUUCAGCUCGGCCGCGCCAUGUGGAUGGCCAAGAUCCGCGACACGGAGUCUUCUACAGGUCAUCUUCAGAGCGUCUACUUGGAUCCGUACGUGGUCAUUACUCAGCCGUGCGGACCACAGGGAGCAUAUGGAUAUUGGGUGCAGCCGAUGGGAGAUGGUUGCACGGGAUACAUACAACCGGUUUGGAUGGCGGUCCAAUAAUAGGAUAGACGUUUCAUCUCCUAGUCUUUCUGGCGCCGGUUGUGAUUUUUAUUUUUGGCCGCUUGUGGCUUUUCUUUGUUUAGUAAGACCUUUGUUUCUUGUUGAGACUUCUUGUUGGAACCUUCGAGAUACCUUUUCUUAAUAAAUGGUUGUGUGCAUCAAGA